AUGCAACCGGUAUCGGUACGAAUUAUAACGCCGACCGGUAUACCGGCAUUAGAUGAUGUUCAAAAUUUUAUUAAAAUAUUUUUUCCAAAUAAAAAGCAAAUUAUUCAGAACAUAUUGAAUAGUGAUAAUGAGCGUAUUUUAUGUACAGCAAAUGGAACAACAAUUCCACAACCACCUAUCUUUCUAAUGACCAUAAACAAUCUUAGUGAACUUGUUAAGAAUCCCGUAUUUAAAAAAUUAUGCGAUGUUGUUAUGACCGAAUAUAAACCUUUGGUUUUACAUUCUCGACAAAUGUUUUACCGAUUAAAUGCCCCUCGAUUAAUCGAACGGUUAAAUAAUAAUCCCAAUAUUGACAAAAUAAAAUGUUUUUUCUAUGCUGGGAUAAAUUUACCAUUAAGAAAUACAAUGGUAGAUCAAACAAACAUGUUAAUAAAUCAGGAUGAUAACGAUGAUAAAUGUGAUUAUAAAGAAUAA